GGUAGGGUGUUUGGAGUCUUUUACGUUCUUUUAUUUGUUUGUACGACCGGCUUAUUCUAUAAAUUUUUACUUAUUUUGUUUUAUGUUGUGCCUCGAUUACUGGUGCGUCUAUUCAAUGUGUCGAAGUUUUGUGUCCGUCUGUGAUCUGAAAAGUUUAUAGUUUUUGAUGGAGACAUUCCUCCAUGGUGUGACAUGUAUCUAGCAGCAGAUUGACAUGAGAUUCAUGCUCACAUGUUAGCACUGGAUGCCGUGCAACUUUGGAACAUUUUUUCAGGUUUUUAUAAAACUGUGGUUAUCUUGCUUGAGGAUGGAGUUCCGGGGACUGGUGAUGUGUUUUGCGCUCUGUGUGGUGUACACCACCAGCAAGCCCACGGAGAGGAAAGACCGUGUUCAUCAUGACCCACAGCUGAGCGACAAGGAGCACGAUGACCAGCAGAGCUUCGACUAUGACCAUGAUGCCUUCCUGGGCCAGGAAGAGGCCAAGACCUUUGAUCAGCUCACUCCAGAGGAGAGCAAGGAGAGGCUGGGAAUGAUUGUGGACAAGAUCGAUGCCGAUAAGGACGGCUUUGUCACAGAGGAUGAGCUGAAGACCUGGAUCAAAAAGUCUCAAAAGAGGUACAUCUAUGAAAAUGUGGACCGCCAGUGGAAAGACUUCGACCUGAACAGUGAUGCUGUGAUCUCCUGGGAAGAGUACCGCAAUGUCACGUAUGGCAGCUACCUGGAUGAUCCUGACCCUGAGGAUGGAUUCAACUACAAGCAGAUGAUGUCAAGAGAUGAGAGGCGCUUUAAGAUGGCGGAUAAAGAUGGAAACCACUUUGCCGAUAAGGAUGAGUUCACGGCGUUCCUGCAUCCCGAGGAGUAUGAGUACAUGAAGGACAUUGUUGUGCUGGAAACCAUGGAGGACAUCGACAAGAAUGGGGAUGGUUUCAUUGACCUGGAGGAGUACAUUGGGGACAUGUACAACCAUGAGGCUGACUCCAAGGAGCCAGAUUGGGUGAAGACAGAGCGUGAGCAGUUUGCAGAGUUCAGAGACAAGAACAAGGAUGGGAAGAUGGACAAGGAGGAGACCAAAGACUGGAUCUUGCCCUCGGAUUACGAUCACGCAGAAGCUGAAGCCAAACACCUGGUGUAUGAGUCAGACACAGAUAAGGACGGUCUCCUAACCAAAGAGGAGAUCGUACAGAAGUAUGACCUGUUUGUUGGAAGUCAAGCAACUGAUUUUGGAGAGGCCUUGGUGCGACAUGAUGAGUUUUAAAUCACCUCUGACAAGAAGGGCUUUUAAUGCAAUUUUAUAUACCCUAAUUUAUUUUUAUGACUAGCAUAUGUUUAAUUAUUUUUCUCCAGUGAGACUGUUGCAAAGACCUCCAGUAUUUAUCUCCUUGUUUGUUUGCUAGUUAGCUUUUUUUUUUUGGGUCCUUGGCGCAUUUCAAUCAAAGUCACUCACCUGUGUGGCCUGUGGCUGGGCAAGCUGCCUGUGCAGGUCGUCAUGGAAACCAUAAAAUCCAGAGCAUGAAGCAGCUCACAGCCUAUAUGGAUCUGAGCCGGCCUGCAGUGCGAGCCUAAAGCAGCUCUGAGAAGCUAGUCGGACCUGUGCUGGCCUGCAGUGCGAGCAUAAAGCAGCUCUCAGAAGCUAGUCGGACCUGUGCCGGCCUGCAGUGCGAGCCUAAAGCAGCUCUGAGAAGCCAGUCGGACCUGUGCCGGCCUGCAGUGCCAGCAUAAAGCAUCUCUGAGAAGCUAGUCGGACCUGUGCUGGCCUGCAUUGCAGCUGCCUGGUGGUGUGAGCCUACCUGCGUCUGCUGCUCUGAACCCAAUUCUGCUACACUUUGCUUGCAUUGAGACAUCUCACUAUUUUGUAAUCGUUUAACAAACAAUUUGCUCACACUACAUAAAGUACACCGACACUCCUGUCGCAGAUCAGCCGUUACUGUGUUUGCUCCUGUUUGUUGUUCUCACUUUGUUUUUACUGUAAAUACAUAAGAAGCACUAUUUGUAAACCAGUAUACUAUGACUUUCUGGAUUUUUCACAAUAAAAUGAUUUACAAAGAAAG